UGUCCUGUGAAAAAUAAUACUUGAAGACUGUCUUACCGUACUACAUUGACUCUACUGGACCUAUCCAUCCCGAGUUUUUGUUGGCAUUGUGUGCCCUCUGUGUUUCCUUUAACUCAGUUCAAUCAGGAAUAGUCCAAUUAAUAAGUGAAUGCAUCAUGAUAACCCUGAAUUUUUCCCCAAAAUGUAUUUUAAUAUAGCAGUAUAUAUAAUGAGCUUGUGGAGCUAAUGGAACACAAACUCCCUAAAAUGUAGUAGUCUGGUCUCCUUUAUUUCUACAAGCUUCAACCCCCCAUCAACAGCAUCCCCCCUGCCCCACCAUGUAAUCUGUUGUUGAUUACAUAUGAUUUAAAAUGCUUAUAAGCUGCAUCUGUCUAGACACAAUCAAGGAAGUAAAAUAUGACUAACUCUUAUUUUUGCCCACCCAAACAUGCAAGUAAUAUUUUGAUUUCUAACUGUAGAUCAUAUUGUUUGAAAUCAGGUCGUUUUCUUGUUGCAUCAUCUUUAGAAAAUUAAACAAACACACACUUAAAACAAGAAUUAUUGAAGUGAAAGGUAAAUUUCUGUAGAACUAUUGUUUUUAAAGGUUUUUUUUUUUAUCAUAUUAGCAUAUAUAGUGCAUCACAUUCUGCUCUAAAUUUAGAUAUUCAAAUGUAGCACGUGUGCACAUUCAAUUUGUAAGUAUUGUGAUUUAGUCCGUACUCAAAUGUUCUUUAACUGCUGGUGGACACCUUCCAGUAGUUAUAAUCUACUAUUUAAGAGUAAAGCGUAAUUCUAAUAUUUCCCAAGCCUCAGCUGCAGCAUCUGGUAUUUUAUAGCAAGAAAUUCUAAGGUAAUGAGCAACACAUUGAUGCUUCCUAUGAUUAAAGAACUAAAGGAUUUUUAAAUUAAAACAAAGUUGAGAAACAUAAACCACAAAUAACAAAAAGAUGAAUUUCUGAUCUGUUAAAUGCAUCUUAACAGAUGUGGGUUUGUCACCUUCAGUGUGAACUGGUUUUUUCCUGUUGACUCAUCGGCGAAAUAAGCAAGAAGUAAAUUCAAUGUAUAUACAUCCUAUAUGUAUGUCAUGAAAGGAGAGCAGGGUGAUAUGUUCCAUUUUUCUCAUUUUCACAGGUUUUAAACAGCUUGAAAUUCAUUUAUCAUCACUCUGAUGUAGAAGGUAAAGAACAGUGAUUAUAUCUAAGUCCACAGUGGUUUACCACAACACAUCACACUGAUGAUUUACUUUACUUUCACUUUAAUUCUGAUAUAGGAACAGGCCCAGGCCCAGUAGCUACUACACUGACACUAAUGGCAACAGAAACUUUAAUUAGUUUAAAUAGCUAGAUACAUCAAAUUAAAAUAUGACUAAUUCUUAUGUUGACAUUAACGGAGGGCCCACCCACACAGUGAAACCAAACAGAGAGCGAAUGCUGUGGUUUCUAACUGUAAAUCAUAUUGCGGGAAACCAGGUCGUUUUCAGUUAAUAGUAUCAUUUCACUGGAAAACAGUAUUUGAACCCAGUUACACAUAAAAAUCAAAUAAUCCGCUUUAUUUAUCUUUUUAAAUUUAAGAAAAGGGGGAAAUUAAGUUGCUUUUCUUGUUGCGUUCUGUAGAUAAAAUGUAAAAAGUUGUUUUUGUAUUACACCUACAACCAUUCCAGUGGCUAUGUUUAUAUUGUUGCAAGAUACGUUGUUGUCCCUGUCACACACAAUAAUACACAUACAUUCAGUGCAUACAUCUCCUGCAUAAAAAAACAGUAAAGCAUUUAAUGCCUAGUACAACCACAGCCUGACCUGCUGACCUUGCUCUCUUUGGCUUUCCGCAGCCAUAUUUAUCUGGUGAACCCCUUUGCUACUGUAGCAAAUUAGACUUUCCGGUCAUAAGCCCACUACUCUAACCAGAGCCCCUCCAAGUAUCUCCAAGAUACUUAUGUUCAAUUAUUAAUAAGCUUAGGUUAAGAUUUAUCUCCAUGAUGUAUUUGUGAUAAAUGUUGCCGUCGGAAACACAGAACUGAUUUAAAUGAUAAGGCUGGAUGAUGAAAGGUGUUAUUCAAAAUAAUCUUGUUAGAGCAUGGAUGAAUACUCAGAUAAGCUUUGUAAGGAUGUGUAGUUGUUUUCAGAAAAAAACAAAUAAAUCGGACUAAUUUGGUAUAAUUGCCUGUUGUUUGUCAAAAGCUGGAAAUUACUGUAGGGUGGAGUUACAUGGACCUUCAUUCCUGCUCUUGCUUAUUACAGAGAGCCUGUUAUGAACCUUUUCUCUGUUUUGACUUGUUUCUUUCAAAUGCACCCGGAGCUGCAACAAAACCCCCAGCAAAGAAAUCAGCAAAGCAAAUAUAUAAGAAGCAGCACUGACAGGAAGUAGAACACAUUUCAGCACACAGCAGUGUGAAAUACAUUCAAGUGACCAGGAUUUACCCACAUGGCUGUAACACACAUUUUUGAAGAGUUUGAGAUGACCUACAUAGGAGACCUCGACAAUGAUACAGACUACAUCUUUUGGAACACAACAGACGAUCAGUCUGGCUUCUGUGAUGAAGAGAACCUGGGCCUGCAGACCUUUGAUGCCGUGCUUCACAGCUUGAUCUUCCUGCUGGGUGUAGUGGGGAACGGCCUGAUGAUAACCGUCCUCCUGAGACGUUGGCGCCUCCUGCGUAUUACUGAGAUCUACCUACUGCACCUUGCCCUGGCUGACCUGAUGCUCCUUUUCACGUUUCCUUUCAGUUUGGCUGACAAAGCCUCUGGUUGGGUAUUUGGGGAGGUCCUCUGCAAACUGAUUGAGCUGAUGAAAAAUCUUAACCUCCUCUGUGGGAGUUUCCUUCUCGCUUGCAUUGGGUUUGAUCGGUAUUUGGCUAUUGUUCAUGCUAUUCCUAGUAUGCGAAGUCGACGUCCACAAAUAGUGCAACUAACAUGCAUUUUACUAUGGCUGGUCUGUUUGGCUUUAUCAGUGCCAAAUAUUGUGUUUCUUGCUGUAAAGGAGGAACACACAAACACAUCCAGGCUCUCCUGUUUCUAUUAUAAUUAUAAUAUCAAUGCACAUAACUGGGUUUUGACCAAAAGAGUCUUAGAUCACAUUUGCUUUUUCCUCCCUCUGGCUGUCAUGAGCUACUGCUACACAGCAUUGGCGGUUACUCUGUGCAAAAGUCAGAAAAGCCAAGCAAAGCAAGGGGCCAUUCGACUGGCUUUAAUUGUCACUCUUGUCUUUUGCUUCUGUUGGCUCCCAUAUAAUAUCACCUUAGUGAUACAAACUAUGGUAGACCUGAAGGGUAUCUCAUUUGAUGACUGUAAAUCUUAUGACCUACUGCAAAUAGCCCUUGAUGUUACAAAGAGCCUGGGUUUGUCACACUGCUGCCUGAACCCUUUCCUGUAUGCCUUUGUUGGGGUGCAGUUUCGCAAUGAGUUAAUUCGGUUGCUUUUUGAACUGGGCUGCAGACGUGUGUGUCUGCCUUUCAUCAGAUAUCAGGGUCACAGUCGACCAUCCAUUUCUGACGCCGCAACAACCACCAGCGCAGUCCUCAUCUAAUAAACUCUCAUACAAUGUGAGCUGUAACUAAAAUGCUUAUGUUCUGUUCUAUAUUUCGCUUGUAAUGAUGAAAAAUGUUACUAUUUUAUCAGAAGUUCUGACAAUAUAUUACCCACUGCUAACUUGAUUGUAAGAUGUUUUAUUUACCCAGUCAAGAAAAAA